AUCAUUUAUUUAGUAUAUGUGGAAUCACACAGAUUAAUAGAUAAAGCAAGUAUCAGGUGACAGAGGAAAUAAGAAACCCAGACAAUGAAACAAAGAGAUUGAGUAAACUAUUUUCUUUCCAUAAACAAUACAGGAAAAUACCAUCGAGGAAAUAAAAGUUAUUACACAUCAUUCACUGUGUAAAAGCAACGGGUACAACAUAAAUAAUGGACAUCACCCUCAGAAGGGAUGCUCAUGGAAUAGGCUCACAGUCACUUAGGUUGAAAAAGAUCUCAAAGGUCAGCCAGUCCAAACUCCUGCUCAAAACAGGUCAGAGUCAGUUCCCAAAAUGGUUUAAAAAAUAUUUUGAAGUUCAAUUUGCUGUUUACAUAGCUCUUUAAUUACACACAGUACUGAAAUCCAAUGGGGGGACUCUGUUUGAAAUAACUUAUGCCAAGAACAGACAAUAUCCAGCCAUAAAGGUGAUAUAUUCAGACCACCUAAAUCACACCUAAACUCCUUUGUUUAGUAUUUCCUAUUAGAUUGCCCCUGCUCAGACCCCAAUCUAUCUGAAUUGCAUUUCAGAGAUAACUACUCCAUUCUUCUGACUAAGCAUAAAUUCCUAGGAAGAAUUUAAAAACAUUUCCUCCUGUCAUUAGUAAGCUCCUUUAGAAUAAUAAAAUAAACAUAAUAAUUCCUUUAAAGUUUUGAAAGAAAACAAUUCAGACAGAAACUAGACCAUCACAAUGCUCCUAAAAAAGGAGGUGGCAUGACGACAUGAUCCAGAAUUCAGCCUCUGCCCUGUCCCCAAGGCCCAUUACUAAUAGCUGUAAUGGAAUAUGGUCCCACACCAUAUGAUGUGGUCACAUCCAUGCAGAUGUAAAUUCCCCAGGUUCAGUUCAGGCUACACACUGGGGGACAAAAAAAAAACAAAAACAAAAACAAAAAAACACCAAACCAAAAAACCAAACAAAAAACAACCAAACAACAAAAAACAACACAAAUUAAAAAAGAAAACCAGAAAUAUUUAACAACUUGAUUGAACAACAUUUAUAAUCUUUAGAUAAAAGCCACCUAAAAAAUGUCUGUCACAAUACUUUGCCAAAUCCUACCCACAUGGGGAAAACAGUGCAUCUGAGAAGAUAUGGAAUAGCUAGGAGCCCAAGCUUCACCUCAACAAGUUUAAACAUGUCCAAAACAAUUAUGACUUCACUUUUUCUAAGUGUGAGCAUGUUAGCUAAGUACAGACAAGAAACUCUGAUUGGUCUAAAAAAGCCUUUAAAAUAACAUGAUCAAGCUAAUGUAAAAACUGGUUAUUUUUUUGUCUAUCAAGACCGUCCAAAGCAAGUAAAAUGAAAAGAGACACAUGAAUUAAUUUAAAGAAAAAGUAAGCUGAAAAUAUUCUUAAACAAAUAUUUAUUUAUGUUAUCAGUAAUUUAAAACCCCCAUUGACAGCAUCUGGUUAACAAGCCUUGAGAUCAAGAUUUUCUGCUUGUCCAUAAAGUAGGUUCACAACCAACAGUACUUCCUCUGUUCUGCUCUACCAAUGUAUCCUUGUUUGAGAAGACCACAUAGAGAGUACAUGAAAUGUGGGUUUACCAAGCUUUUAUAUUUAUUCUUUACCAACUAAUACAUUUGAAAUGACUGUAUUUCCAAGCUGUUCAGUGUUCCAAGUACAGCACACUGCAAAACAAAGAAUACUCUCCCAUUCCAUUAAAGAAAGAGACAACAGCAUAGCCAGACAUGAGCUAGCCCUUAGUGCUACAUGAAAGAGCCCAGAGAUUAUUUCUUUAAAUAAAUUUGUUUACAGAUCAUUUAUUUCUUGAGUUAGCCUCCCAUUUCUGGGCCCAGUUCCCUCCUAAAGGGUUUCUAGAAGAUGCAGGCAGAAAUAUAAAUUAGAAUUCCUGCCAAAUGUGUUUUGCACUUUCCUUUGUAUAAAUCUCUACCAGGAUGCCUGAUGCAAGGUUAAUUACUCAAAACAUGAACCAGGAAACAUUGUAUGUGAGAAGCCUGGAGUAGCACUGAAAGCCAGCAUUUCCUAGAGCCUCUUGGCUUGUACAUCCCAUCUCCUCUGCUCCCUCUAGAGCAAUUCUGCUGUGAGCUGUUCCUCCCAAACUUACAUCCCUAUGGGUUAGAGAAAAUUAACUGUGGCACACUGCUUGCCCAGGAGGCUGGAAGUGAAACUGAUGAGAAUUCUAUCAGUUUGAUUGAAUUCCUCCUUUAAAGAACACCAGCAACAAAACAAAUCCAGUUAUGGUUACACCAGUACAUUAGCUGUAGUUGGUGAUGUUGGCCUUGAGGCUGAUGAACAUGGGACAGCUUCCAUCUGUGCUAUCUAAUUCCCGAACUCCCACACAAAGCAGCCACACACAAACUAUGCUGGGAACAGCGUGUGGACCACAUGGAACCUUGGGCCAGCCUUGAGAACUGUUUGGCAGAGUGGUCAGAACUGGAUGAGCAACCACUGGAACUGUGUGACAGUGGGGAUAGCACUGGGGACAACAGACUCCAGCAACUCCAAACAUUCCCUGCUGAGUUUUCCACAACCACGGACAAGAAGCCAAGUGCUUCAUGUGCCAGGACACUAUUGCUGGCUACAGCCAUGCCCCUCAUCCAUACAAAACAUAAGCCACAAAUUAGCCCCACUUGGAAAUGGAAAAACGUAAGGAAACUGAAAUGAUCAGUUAUUUUUAUUUCAAAAUUCCCUUUUCCAAGCUUUUCCUCACAAUGAGAAGCAUCUGGCCCAUUGCUAAGUUCUAGUCUCACACAGGCCACGGUAAGAAAAAAUAGUCACUUGCUUUUAUUACAAGGAAGAAAACAGAAAAGGAAAAAAGCUGGAGGUGAAACAAACACAUAAGCAACAGAGAAUGGGAACUAGGAAAAAAGUAACUGGGAUGGCUGGGAAAGAAAAAUCUGAGGAAGCUGCUGAGUCUUUGGAAUCAGCUAACAGAAGUUUUCAGAGCACGUAUCUCAGAGGGUAAGAGGAGGCCUUCAUCAUCCAUACGUCUAAUAGAAAACCAAAAUAUCAGAACAAACAGCCCAACAUGUUUGUGAAAAUGCUGAGGACAACUGUUUCACAAAGUUGAGGGUGCCAGAAGAGCAGUUACUUCACACUUCACUCUAUUAGGGCAGGCUCCAUUUUAAACAUCUCAAUGUGUACAGUGAUUUGGCUGGAAGUGGUAACGAGAAGCACUCGCUGUGCCAAGGAAGGGGGAAAGCGAGAGCAGUAGAGAGAGGAGAGCAAAUUUUUAUCUUCAAUUAACUGCAAGAAGAAAAGCAAAUUUCAACAAACUCUUUGAACUUGUUGCUAGAAUCUCUUGAGACUACAAUUUAAAGGAGGACUGGCAGUUAUUGUACUGGAAUGUGCACAAUGGCAAAGUAUUCCAAAGCAGGGGAGAGAUAGGAAAUGUAUAUGAAUAAUACAGGCUACAUCAAAAGCAGCCAGUAAUAAAGGUCUGAAACUAGAAAGAAUCAUAUUAGGAAUGGAAACAAGGGCAUUUUAAUGAAUAUAAAGGAACAGCAUAAACUGUCUGGGAUAAAAAUCAGAGGAGAUAAAAGCACAGCAUGCAGUAUUACCACUGUGCAGUAUAAAAGACAAACAAAGUUUCAGAAAUAUUUCAGAAGUAAGAAGGAAAAUACAAAAGUCUGUACAAACAGUGUUUAGAAAGAACAAACGGAUAACAAAACAGACUCAAAUGCCGUUUUCUGUAUUUUAGCCUUCAUAAAACAGUUAUUGCAGCUAAUUCUAGAAACUGAUUUUGUUGCUAGACUAAAUAAUCAGAGAAAUUCAAGUCAGCAGGACUGGAAGAAUUUCACACCAUGCUUAAGAAAUAGAGAGAAGUAAUCUCUAAACUAUGAGCAAUCAUCUUCCCUAAUACAGUCCUGGUAAAAAUGCCCUAAGAGAGGCUGGCAACAAUGACCCAUGGCACUCAGAGGGUUUUUAUUUGCAAAUCUUUUCAAUCCAUGUGGAUGAACAUUGCAAGAAAGUCCCUUCUUCCAGGACCUCCAUGAGAACAUUGACACAGAGGAGAGUUAUCUACAAUACAUGGCUGAGGCAGGGGCUACAAAUAUUUUUGAAGCCAAGAUCUUAACAAAAAUCAUUCUGAUAAAUUGAGAAGUGGUUCAUAUCAACCAAGUAAAACUUAAUAAAGACUAGCAAUCUUCCAAAGGAUAAACCAGUUAAAUCAAAUAAAUAUAUAAUAGGCAAAAGAAAAAACCGGUAAUUUCUCCUAAAGUUGAGUUUUUUUCCUGAGAGCCUAAUUAAAACUAGUUUUGGCAAGACUUUAUUUUCAAUAAUAAUGCAGUAGAAGAGAGAAAGUCCUCUUUUUCCCUCCCCCUACCCAAUGCCAAAAGUCUGAGUGGAAACAUCCUAGUUUGAUAGUGCUUCCAGCAGUUUCUUCAAGAAAAGCAAUUAGAAUGUUGAUAAAUACAGCACUGAAAAUUAGUAAUUAGAAAUUUAUAUGGGAAUGGCUGGCAAUAGCAUUGAGUGCAUGUGUGAUUUAGUAAAAAUACCUCCCCAAAAAUGCAAAAAUACUCUGAAAUAAGCAAAAGCACAUUUGAUUUUGUUAUAAUGCCCAUAUAUUGAUAUACCUGUAGGAAGGAGCUUCCACGAGACCAGAAAUUAUUGUAAAUAUAAAAUAUUUUAUUUACAUUUUCAUUUGAGGAUGCUUUAAAUGCUUCAUUUAAGAAUGAGUCUCAGCAUCAAAGUGAGAACUGAAACUCCUUAUUUAAUCAAUACCAAUGUCUGGGGCAAGGAAGAUGAGAACAACUCUAUAUAUACACUGUGAAGAAUCCUCUCAACACCGCUAUUUCUUUUUAAACAACCAAAUUUGACCAUAGCCUGUAAAAAUCUCCAUCUCCUGAAUUUCCUCCUGUAUUGGAAAGCUUGAAGGAGUCGAAAAUCCCUCCAAUUUUGGAGAGCCAAGGCUGUACCUUCACAGAGAGCGCUGCAGGCUGGCACUGCUGCCAAGAGCCACAGCUCUGCCUCCCUCCAGCAGCCUGGCCCUUGCUCUGGCCUCCUCCUCCUCCCUCGUGCUAUCACAAACACGUUUCUUUGCCAGGUUAGUUCUACCCCAGCUCAGUUUCCCAGUGCAGCUCACCACAAGUGCCUGGGUCAGCACAAGAGAGAACAAACAGCUGGUAGCAGAGGGAGGGCAGCGCUGCUGCUUCUUUUUGCUGCCAGAACCAGCUUUAGAUUUAUGAUGGCUGGGGAAAAUAACCACCUGAUGCACUCCAUACACUCACAGCCUAUGUUUCUUUAAGUAAUAAAUACUCUUCAUUUUAAGGGUUUUCCUACUUUAUUUUACUUGCUUUCAAAAGCACCAAGCUAUUAGAAGAACUUACUCAGCAUAGCGCUUGAAACAAGUGCCCAAACUUAUUCUGACUAACAGAGGAAUAGCAUGAACAGCACUAGUGGCAUCCUUCCAGUGGGGAAAAAAGCAGAACAAAAAAAUGCAUAAUUCAGUAUAAGUUACCAAAACUGCAAGUUACAAACAAAAAAGUAGUAAAAUCUUGCUCCUGUGUAUAUAUCCAAACUCUAUGACCCAUGCAGAUUGUAUGAACUGGUGAUCAAAUGUAUUAAACAUAGAAAGGAGGAAAGCCUUCAGUAUUUCCUGGAAUUGUCAGUCACCUAAUUAUUUAGCAAUUAAUAACAUUUUAGUGUACCUAUGACAGCAUUUCUCGAAAAGGUAAUUUCACAGCAUUAGUGUAUAACAACACUGUAUAAGGGAGUGAUCAUUAGUGGUGGAUAAGGAAAUUUUGUUUUCCCUGGUAAUACAUAAACACCCUGCUACCCCUUCAAUAUUGCUGUGGUACAAGGAGUUAAAAAACAACUCCAGCCUGAGAAAGGCAGGGUUCACCUAUUCUCAGCAUCCAAAUGCCUUGGAAAACCAUCUCUUGGCUGAAAUGAUGACCAAGAAUAGAAAUGUCCAUUUCCAAUUACUUAUCUUAUGAAAGAACAAUGACAAGAAGUUAGUAGGAGUUAACAUGCUAACAAGUGAAAAAAAAAAAAAUUCACAAGCAAAGCCAAGAAAAUGGAACUGUUUUAUUGUUUUAAGCUGGGAAAAGUCUCCUGUGUCAUUGCACACAUGAUGAAGAGAUGUCUGGUAUGUGGACAGCUCAGAGUAGCAACCAGGAGACUGGGCAAGACACACCUUGUGACCAAUAUGUUGAGAUUUCAGACAGCCAUCACACUUAAUCUGUCCCUCUUAGAGGUCCUCUCAUCACAAGUGCUACAGACGUUCAAUGGAUCAUUAAAUACAAACAUAGAGAAACUAACAACUGAAAUGUCAAAAAAAAGUCCCAAAGAGUCCGUCUCAGCAAAUGCAGGCUGUUUCAAAUUGGGGAAACUGUGCAUCUAUUUCCAGCAUUCAGUUUAACUUCAGUCACCCUUAAGACACAAGUGAAGACCCAACAUAAAUCCACAUUUUAACAACUUUGUGGCAAAGCAAUUCAAUAAACUCUAUCCAUCACACACAAGUACUUAUCAAGAACUGAAAAUCUGAAAAUUAAUACAGAUAUCAUUCACCUCCUGAGCUCAGAGAGCCAGGCUCCUAUGCAAAAUAUACAUAAAGCAGUUGGGGAAUUGCUUGGUAAUUCAAAUAUGGUGGAGGGAGUCACAGAACAUGGGCUGCUGAAGAAAAUGGCACAAAGCUCAGCCCUGUUCUGCAAAGAGCCAACUUCAAUUCUCACACCUCAUCUCCUCCUCACUCCCUAUUCCACUAUGUGCCUUCUGGCUUUUGGCCAAACAGUUUGAUACACGUGGCUUGUACAGGCCAGUGUUUGCUUUACUACAUUAACCCUUUGCUGUGCAAUAGUUGGACAAAGCUUGUCCAUCAAAAGACCUCAGUCUUGCCAGGUAGGGAUGACCUUCCCUGACCACGAUCUCGUAUUUAGGAACAUUUUUAUCCUACAACACAACAUACAUCUUACAUUUGCAAAUGUUAAAUUUUGAAUUGAGAAAAGGGCAGGCAAGUAAAGACACAAGUAUCACACAGAAGGUGUGUGCUGAACUGAAGAAACACAGCUGAGCUAUAAAGCUCCAUCCAACACUUUAAGGUUCUUUCAAAAUGAGAGUAGGUAUCUUUAAAUAUUGGCCUACCCCAAUGCAAAUGCAACUAAAGUGAUGAUAAAAAUUCUCAAAUAAUCAUUUCCUGGCAAAAACACUUAUGCUUAAGGGUCCUCAAAACUAUCUGCAUGUGUGAAAUCAAUGGCCUUUGAAAACGUGCUGCAGCUUACAUUGGCCAAAGUAAUGAAAAAUUACUACAGAAAUUAAAACACGGAUAAUUAAAAGACACACAAAAUGUUCUCCACAAUUUUGAAAGCAUUAUUAUAUGCUGCUUUAAACUAAACACAUUUACCAAAAUAACUUGUAACAUACAUCAAGUUCUGAUGGAUGCUGAAAAUACAGUUUAAAGUGAGCUUAGACACUGAUCUACAGAGGGUCACAAUCAAUGAGACUUCUGCUACUAAAUUUUGCUAAGAAAUGCAUCUGUUUGUGCUGCUUUCAACCUGUAGAGAUUAAGAAAGGUCUGCUACUUAAAAUUGAUUACAGAAAUGUUUACUGCAUCUGUACAAUGCUAUUCUGAUACGUUUUCGUGAACAAACAGCUGUUCAUAGAAUGACAGUAUAGUUAAAACACAACUCUUCCUCUACUUUUUUUUCAAUCACAUUCCUAUCCUUCAGGUUCCUACCCUGGAACUUGAGUUUUAAUCCAAGCAAGAGUUAAGAUCUCAAGAUCUCAGGCCAUACAAAGAGGUGGCACCUAAUUAUGUCCAUUUUUCCUCUACAGUCUUAGCAAUAGGAUUGCAACCGUGCAUCUGAAAGCUUCUUUCUUCUCCAUCAUGUCCUAGCUUUAAUAAUGCAACUUCAUUAUCUUUCAACUUUUAUAAAGCUAUAAUUUAUAAAUAAAAAAUAGAUAAAUAAAUAAAUUUCUGCCUUUUAAGGCAGAAAGGCAAUACAACAAAAAUAUUUCUUCAUUCACUGCUUUGAUUGCAGUUUUCUGUACUCUUCCUGAUGCACCAUAGCAUGAACAACCUCCUUGCUCUCAAUUUCAAGGCUCUGAAUGGCCUGUUCUUGCUCCACCUCUUAAAUUCGAAUUGCUGCUCUGUACAGAUAUCCCCCUAUCAAAAUGUAAGGAAGAAAACAGGAGUGUUGGCCUGGCAGUUCAGGCAGGAAACCUGCUACCUGUGAAAAUCCUCAGGGUGACAGUGCUACCCUGCUUUAAAUAUAUCCUCCAAGUCGGAUGCCUGUGAAUCACUCCCCGAUGCUGAGAUAGCCAGGGCACUUGAACUUCUGCAUGUUGUCUUGCUCACAGCAUUCUCACAGCUCCCUUGUGCUUUCCCAAUACAUUUCUUACAUUUACAUGCUGCCUUAUCUUUACAUUUAAAUUAAGAAAUUGUUUGUGCAGGAACAACCUUUGCUUAUGCAUUUGUACUGCAUGUAGUGUAAUGGUGCCCUGGCCUCUAGGCACAAUUACAAUAUAAAUAGUAAAAAUGAACUGUUCACCUAAGAUUAACUCUCCUGACAGUGUUACAUGAAGCUACAUCCUUCAAACAAGGAUAAAAGGCGUUCUAGCAGCACAUUCUACCAUCUGUACCUCUCUCCGGAUACUGAUGACAUUGAUCCCCAGUUCUUCACCUACAGGAGGCCUCCACUGUUCUCUGUAUUUAUCUGUGUCCACAGCACCAUUGGAAUUUUUCCUUAUAACCAGGUAAAACACAGAAUGAGAUGUGGGCAAGCACUAUCCUACUGAAAAACCCUCUGCUCCCUUAACAUAAGCCUACUUCUGGGAAAAGUUGAGAAUCCCUGGCAUCUCACAAAAACAGAUUCAAGGCAGUUUUCCAUCUGUCUGCUUAAACUCAUCAAAUUUGCUUAAAAACAUGGCCUUCAAAGAAGGUAAAGUACCAACCUGAAGCACUCUCCAAUAUGGCACUGCUGUUUAAUGGAGGCAUCCAUAGCUGAGGAAUUAUUCUAUUCUGGCUUUGCCAGUUUAAUGCAGGGCUCUUCGUUUUAUCAUUACUUAGACUGCACUUAGACUGAACAUUCAGUGGAACAUUUCCUAUAAUGGGAUAAAGCAGUUGAACAAUUUGACUGGCUAAUAGUGAUUUAGACAUGUGAUUACAGUACAGAAAAUGGUCUGACAUAUGCUCUUUUAUCUGGUUUACAUGAGGCACAUUAAUCCAACUGGAAAGCACAGAAGUGAAAAGGAAGACAGGACCAAGCACUUGGAAGGAAAAAAUAGAAAAUAGUUUUAUUUGUCAUAUUUCUGUAUUUGCUAGGCUGGUUGUAAUCAGUAUUUGUAAAUUGGAGAACUUACAAAAUAAAACCAUUUUCUUCCUGAAAUGGAUGCAACUACGAAUCACCAGUCUAUACCUAUGCUGCACAGGUGAGAAAACAACUAUUUUUUAUAAAAUCCUAGCUUCAAAAGUAUUUAUGACUUCUGUCAUAGUGCCUUUACCAAAAGUACAGGAUUUGCAGAACAAUGCAGCAGGACAGGGAGCACCAUGCCAGCCAGGAACAAUCAGAGUAUGAACAAAGAGUAUUGAUUAAUUUUAAUUUUUGUCUCAGCUGAUUUAAUUUCCAACUUUUACACAAACACUUAUAGUCAUGUAAGCAUAAGCUUGUAUUUUACAGGAAUAUUUUAUUUCUUCCUAAACCUAGCCAACAACAUUCCCAUGACACCAAAAACCUAACUGAAGGCAAGGAAUUACCUAUUUAACACACACUUUUCCUCAAGAGUGCACACUCAACCUCAAACUGGCCUAACAAGAUAUGUCAAUUUUCACUCAUAAGCCUAUUCAGGUUUUUUGUGCAGACCGGUACAUUUCAGUUGCAUUUGUAUUUUUCUUCAGAAAAAAUUAUUUUAAAAUAAAACAUUCAAAGGUUUCCUAUGUAAGAUUUAGAUUCUGUAAGUAAAUAUAAAACUAAAGUAUGUAAAACUAAGCGUAAAGGAAAUGAACCCAAGAGCUUCACCAUGUGUACGUUUGCCAACUACUUUCAACAACCGCUAUAUUAAAAAUUAUAUUAGAAAAAUACAUAAGAUAAUGAAAAGAAGGAACUGUAAACAACAUACAGAGGUGACACAAAAAUCUUUGCAGGCAAACUUUUAUCAAUGACAACAACAAAAAAAAUAAUGUAUACCAAACUAAUGAUGGUUCUGUCCUGGGAUGCUUAAAUAUUUGUAAAAACAAGUGCAUAUAAAAGAUGUAUGGUCUUUGCAUGUGUUUAGGUCCAGCCCAGCAGAAUCCCUUGUCAUGUUGAGGACUUCCACCGUGACCUUAUGGUCGGGCUUGACCUUAAAGGUCUUUUCCAACCGAAUUGAUUCCAGCCCGGAAAUUGGCAGCGAUGUUUGGGGUGGGCGUUUAGGGAAGCGCCGGGACAAACGCGGCAGUGUCAAACUGAGCGCGUCCCCCAAAACAAAGGGAACAACCUCUGAACCCCGAGGCUCGGACAGACCUCACAGCGCAGGAGCCGCUUUGGUCACCUCCUGACGUUCCCUGGCCAAACGUGCCGCCCAGCUUUGCCCUAUUACCGCUGCCAUCAGCUAUGCCAUGGCAAGCUCCAUCCUACUCAAAAAUAACCCGCGGGGAGCGCAGCCAGCGCGGCAGCGGCGCUGCCCGGGAAGCGCCCGCCGGGGCCUCUCCCCGAGCGCAGCCCGGCCCCGCACCCCGGGCACCCGCAGGGCAGCGCGGCCACCCCCGCUCCCUCAGCGGGGCUCCCUCAGCGCGGCCCGGCCCGGCCCGGCGGGAUCCCCGCCCGGCGCUGAGGGGAGCGGGGCGGCCCCCGGGGAGCGCCCGGCGGGGCGGGGGGGGGGCGCUGGGGCGGGCGAGCGCCCGCGCCCCCGGCGGGGAGAGGCCGCGGCGAAGGGAGAGCCGCCAGCGCCUGGGAACGGGCUCCCCCCGCCAUCCUCCGCCCCCUCCCUCCGUGUGUUUGUUGUGCUUCGGCACCGUCCCGCCGGCGCGUCCCUCCGUGCGGCGGCCGCUGACAGCUCCCCCCGCGCCGCCGAGAAACUCCUGCCUCAACUCUGCGUGUGCGCGGGGGGUGCGGGGGUGUCCUCGCCACCACCCGCCGGGAACCGUGGUUUCCUUCCCAAAAAGAGGAGGGGAAGGGGGGGGCAUAGCAAGGGAAAGCGACGAAGAACUACCGUCAGCGCACAGGGAGCACCCCGGCGACGCUGAGGGCAGCCGAGCGUCCUGGAAGGGAACGGACCCAAAAAGAAGGGGGAAGUCAGCAGGACGAGAGAGACACAUGGAUGAUGAUGAUGAGGAUGAAGAUGAGGAUGGUGAUGGGGAUCCCGAUGCUCCUCCUGCUCCCGCGGCUCCUCUCCUCCUCACCUCCGCCUCCUCCACCUCCGCCUCGCAUCGCUGGCCUCAGCCGCCGCCGACCAGCACAGUGCGACACAUAGACACAGCGACCGCCCGCCCUCCUCCUCCUCCCCUGCCGCGGCCCCACACUGCGCCUGCCCCGCCCGCCCACCGCCCGUCCCCCGGCGCAGACACCCAUCCGCCGCCUCGCCGACCUCACGGGCUGGGCUGGGGCCGCGCCGGGCUGCGGGGAAACCGCGGAGCGGGGCCAGGACGGGACGCGGCGCCACGGGGUGCUCCGCGCACCGCACCCCGGCCGCUGCCCGACGCGCUCCCCCACCCUCUCCCCGCCCUUGUUAUUUCUUUUUAUUUAUUUCCCAGUGGAAAAGGAAGGGAAAAAAAAAAAAAAUCCCCUUCUGGAUGUGAGCAGCCGCUCCCCGCACACGGGCUGCGCUCCGCAGGACGCGGCUCCGGGGGCAGCGUUCGGUGCCCGUCCCGGCGGCGCCCGCUCCUCCCGAGCCCCGCGGAGCCCCCGGGGAGGCGGCGGGAGCGCUCCCCCUUCCCCCCGCCGCGCGUCUGCGGCUCGGGGCGGUGGAGGCGGGGGGAGCCGCGGGCGCCCCGGGGGAUGGGAAGGAGGGAGGGAGCAGAGUUCAGCGCUGUGUGCGAGGGAGACAAAGUCUGGGGAGCGUGGCCGCUUUCCAGCAGCUCCGGCUGGAACAGCUGCGGGCGCUCGGGGUGGGGGGGGCUCCCCGGGCAGGGGCCCGGCUGGCUGGCUGCCUGCCCGCCCGGCUGCGGGGCGGGGUUAAGCCUCAUUACACGGGAUUUAACGUGUCCCGGAGGCCAGCGGGGACUCGAGCUCCGAUGGGAGGCGGGGGAGCGCCGCGGCCUUGCAGCCGGAGAAAAGUCCGGCCACGGGGCGAGGAAGCGGCCGCGCCCCCAGACUUUCCUGCCGGGCGCUGCCCCGAUGCGCUCCGCUGCCCGCGGCGGGAGCGGCUCCAGCGGAGCGCGGCCGCCGGCCCGGGGCUCCGCGCCGGGCAUCGCCCCAAGGGCACCCCUGAGCCGCCCCCGCGGGGCCCCAGCCCGGCCGGCCCUCCCUCCUUCCUUCCUUCCUUCCUUCCCUCCCUCCCUGCCGGGGCCGGAGCGGCGGGUGCGGAGGGAGCGAGUGCGGGGCGCGGAUGCUGAAUCACGGAGCGGGGCGCACGGACAGGGGAGCCGCACGGUGACUCGUGCUCGGCGGGCGGGUUCGGGAACUUCACCGGACUUGCAGACGUGGUGGGGAGCGAUAGCCCCAACGAUGCGAGUAAACACAUCCCGAGAGCCCCGCACGGAGCGUGUUUCUAGUGGCUUUUAGGUUUCUCUUUGAAUCCCGGUUGAUAAAAAUGGCAUAGGCUAUCUAUUAUACAGGUACAAAGAGGGAAGGAGGGGCUGGUGUUAGUUGCUUUUUUUUUUUUUUUUUUUUAAUUAAAAAUAAACAGAAAGCGGUUCAGACCUUUUCCUUCACUGCUUUUCCCUCCCCAAUUUUUCAUUUGUCAGCGUUAGAAUACAAAAUUAAAUGGUAUGCUGUGGCAAAUACGACUUUUGUUGGCCUGUUUUCUUCAAUACCAUUUCAUAACGUAAAACCUAUGUUGAUUCCUUUUCUAGGUUUGUAAGUAAUUAAAUUGGACCUUUGUGACAUUUUCACAUAAUAUAUGAAAUACAUUAAAAAGUAACACUUACAUAUGAAAUUAUAUAGAGCCAUCCCUAUUGUUCAACCAUGCAAGGAGAAGAGCUGGAUUGUUGGUAUGGUUUUCUUGGCCCUAUCACUGAAAAUGUACUUAUUUAUGCCAAAUAAAAAACACAUCCUGAGUUAAAUGUUUGUGCUGUGAAGUCUGCAAAUGACAGCAUGGUAUACUGCUCAUGCAGUUUCAGAUAUGGCAUCUUAACUUGUUUACAUGUCUGACAGAAGAAAGUGCCUUUGAAUUUUGUUAACUCAGGCAAGUUAGCGUAAUUUAACUGAAAACAUUUAAUGCUCUACAGGCCCAGGCUUGGGUGGAGUAGAGAGAAAAAGGGCAAGGGAGAGGGAAGGAAAAGGCCACCGCCUCUGCACAGUGGGAUUGCUGGUGUGGCAUUUGCUGGAGUUGCCAGGUUGCCAUCUGGUCUUCUGAAAAAAAUGGCCAUCUCCAGAAACACUGGCUGUGCGUGAGCGGACCCAGUGCACAUGCGCCACGGCUUGGGUGAGCCUCGGAUGUGUCAGAACCACUCUGCGUGUGCAAAUUGAUUGGAGCUGUGACACGAGAGCACCGUGGGCUCACAUCAACUGCUCGGGGCGCAGGGAACUGCUGCCACAUCCUGCAGCAGAAACGCGUCCAGCGAAACCACCGGCUUCACCUGUCCGUGUGUGGUUCAUCCAGCCCCCUGUAGAAACAUUUUUAAUGCCUUUAGAUUUUAAUGCCUCGAUCACCUGCAAGUGGUUGAACUUUGGGCUGUGUGUCUUAUGCAAAAAUGUGUAAUAAAAUUUUUUUUCUGUUUUUGUUACUAUAUUAAUUAUAUGUAUAUAUAUCUAACACGAUAUAAAAUAGGAGUGGAGGCAGGUCUAAGUCAGUGUUGGUGUAGCGUGGUCUAGCACAGGAGCGAAUUAGGGACUUAGCCUGUGAGUUCUGCUGCUGUGCCUUAUCUCCUUACGUGUCCAAACACAGCUGGGCAGGUCUGUGCUGUGAACAGCUGCAGCUACUGCAGCAAUCGAAGGUGUGAAGAACUGGGUAGGACUGAGAGACUCGUGAGCAGGAACCUGAAGCGGAGAUGGAAUUGUAGGAAACUGUAUUUGCUGGCGUUAUCAUCACUCAGAGGAGGCAGAGGGACGAGCUGGGAGACGUGUCACCACACAUAAAUCCAGUGUGGGAGUGCUUUGUUGAUUCAGGAUAUUUGAACAGUUCUGUCAGGAAAAUUUUACGUUUAUACCUUGGUCACACUAACCACCUAUUAUAAAUUAUCGCUGCCUGGAAAACACAUUUUUUGCAGCAAAUAUGUAAUAUUGAAUGAACAGGUUGUCUGCUUUACUGAAUGUUAAGUUCAUUGUAAACUAGGUGAGCUGACACACCUGCUUCUUUUUUAACUUUCAAGGGCAGGCAGCAUUGAAACUUUCAACUAGAAUUUUACAUUUUAGCCUUCCUUAAAAUAAACAUUUCUAUAGUUUUGGAAUUGUUUCUGAAAUGUAAGUGAAAUCCUUGCAGUUCUGAUUAUACAAGGCAUGCAUGCGGUUUUAACUUCAAAACAUUCUAAAUUGUCCCAAUGUGCUUAAUAACAAAUACUUUCAUGAUAGAAAAAGCUGAAGACAGGAUGUUGUCUUAAAUCAGCUAGUUAAGGAAAAUGAACUUAUUAUAAUUAAAGGAAAAUGACAACUGGAAUGUAAAUAUAAUUUUGCCUUUAUAGACCUAAAGUGGUGUAUGGAACAUAAUAAAAAAAAUAUUAUGGAUUCUAUCAGGAAUGGGAUCCAGAUACUUUCUGUUUUAUGGCAUUAAUUCAGUACACUGCCAGUUCAAUGAUCAUUCAUCACUCUACACAAACCAAAUAAAAGUUUAAUUUUUGUUCUCUUCACACUUACGUUUCCAUUGCAGAAAAGUCCAAGUUAUCACAAAGGCUGCAUUUAAGCUACAUCAGCAACAUGCUAACAUUUCAAAUGUUGAGUACAUUGAACCACUUUGUCUUGCCUUGUGCUGAAUUGAUAAUUGACUGUGCUGCUCUGAAAACUGCAGACAUUCCAUAUGGUUCUCCUUGUAGCAAACUCCAGGAUGAAGGUGCAGGGGCAGCUGAGUGCAGCAACCACAUCAGCUGCCUGUGAUACUUGUUUUACAUCUGCAUGUAUAUACCCAAAUAGUUCAGAAAUAGCCAAAUUACUGGAUUUUUUUCAGUAAUAAAAAAGCCCGGGACAAUUUAAAAGAGUUGUAGACAAAGCCUAAAUCAAGUGACAAAAUCAGGAUUACAUCAUACAAAUACGUGACUUCUAGUUAAUUUGUAUUAAACUUGGCUGGACUACAAAAAAUGUUAGCAUAUGCUAAUUGUCGUAUGCUAACCAAUGUGUUGUGGAAGCCUAGUUUUAAACUUGAAAUGUUUGUUUCUUCUUUUCAUCAGUUUUGCUUGCUUGUCAUCUCUUGGAUCUGCCUUACUACAGGCAGCAGCACAGCCUGGGUAGUGGGUAUGGCACACACACCCUUCCUUGUGCAGCGGGGGCUUUCCAGCAGUUUGGGGAGAUGCUUUUUGCUGCCAUGGUGGGGGAAAAGGAUAGCUUCUCAUCCUGAGCAGCACCUCCAAACAGCUGGAGAAUUCCACUUAGCAGGGGUUCUGGAGCAGUGCACAUAGUGAGGAGCUCCAGUUUACCUAGAAUCCAUCUAACUGCUUUCUUUGGAGGCAUUCACAGUCCAUGAGGAAAAAACAUUUCAUUCUAGUUCUUGUUUUCUCACCUGCUCCCCUCUGUGAAAUAUCCUGACUUCUGUUGGACAGCAGCUGCCCCCCACAUGAAUGGGUCCAGAGUUUGUAGGAACAUGGGGCUAACACAGGCCA